AUGGAGACGCCGCUCCCCAAAGCGCCGAAGAAAAGGCAAGUGACCGCCAUUAUUUUCCUAUUACUAUUGUGGGAGGCGGGCAGUGCAACCAUUAAGUAUUCCGUUCUAGAAGAGAGGGACAGUGGUUCUUUUGUGGCCAACCUAGCAAAAGACCUGGGGCUGAGCAUAGGGGAGCUGGCCGCGCGGGGCGUCCAGAUUCUUUCCAAAGGAAACAAACAGCAUUUGCAGAUCGAACGAAAGACUGGGAAUUUGCUCCUAAAAGAAAAAUUGGACCGGGAGGAGUUGUGUGCUGACACGGAUCCAUGUAUACAGCAUUUCCAGGUGUUACUAAAAAACCCAGUGCAGUUUAUUCAAGGUGAACUACAACUCCAAGAUAUAAAUGAUCAUGCCCCAGAAUUCUUAGAAAAUGAAAUCCUCUUGAAAAUCCCAGAAAGUAGCUAUCCAGGGACUCCGUUUCCUUUGAAAAUAGCAGAAGAUUCGGACGUAGGUAGCAAUACAGUUCAGAACUACAUAAUUAGUACCAACUCCCAUUUCCACCUUUUCACCCGCAAUCUCAGCGACGGCAGAAAAUACCCAGAGCUGGUGCUGUACAAAGCGCUGGAUCGUGAGGAGCAGCCAGAGCUUAGGUUAACCCUCCUGGCGCUGGACGGUGGGUCACCUCCCAGGACUGGGACUUCCCAGGUUCUCAUCUUGGUCCUGGAUAUCAAUGACAAUGCCCCUGAAUUUACUCAGCAGGUCUAUGAGGUGCAGGUCCCAGAGAACAGCCCUGUAGGUUCCCUUGUCAUCACUGUCUCCGCUAUAGAUUUAGAUGCUGGGACCCACGGGGAGCUCAGCUACACAUUUUUCCAAUCCUCAAAUCAAGUUUUUCAGGCCUUUGAAAUAAACACAGUCACGGGAGAAAUUAGAUUAAAAAAACUGUUGGAUUUUGAGGAAAUUCAAUCUUACAGCAUGGAAAUUGAGGCCUCAGAUGGUGGAGGUCUUUCAGGAAAAUGCACAGUAGCUAUAAAAGUGACGGAUGUAAACGACAACGCCCCUGAACUGACCGUGUCCUUCCUCGUCAGUGAUAUCCCAGAAAACUCCCCAGAAACGGUGGUCGCUAUUUUCGGAAUUUCAGAUCUAGACUCCGGGGACAAUGGAAAAACGAUGUGUUCCAUCCAAGACAAUCUGCCCUUCCUUCUGAAACCUACUGUAGAAAAUUUCUACACCCUGGUAACAGAAGGAGCGCUGGACAGAGAGGUCAGAGCCGAGUACGACAUCACCAUCACCGUCACCGACUUGGGGACGCCCAGGCUCAAAACCGAGCACAGCAUAACCGUGCAGGUCUCCGACGUCAACGACAACGCCCCUGCCUUCACACAAAGCUCCUACACCCUGUUCGUCCGCGAGAACAACAGCCCCGCCCUGCACAUCGGCAGCGUCAGCGCCACAGACAGAGACUCGGGCACCAACGCCCAGGUCACCUACUCGCUGCUGCCGACCCACGACCCGCACCUGGCCCUCGCCUCCCUGGUGUCCAUCAACGCGGACAGCGGACACCUGUUCGCCCUGCGGUCGCUGGACUACGAGGCCCUGCGGGCGUUCGAGUUCCGCGUGGGUGCGGCAGACAGAGGCUCCCCCGCGCUGAGCAGCGACGCGCUGGUGCGCGUGGUGCUGGUGGACGACAACGACAACGCGCCCUUCGUGCUGUACCCGCUGCAGAACGGCUCUGCGCCCUGCACCGAGCUGCUGCCCAGGCAGGCCGAGGCGGGCUCCCUGGUGACCAAGGUGGUGGCGGUGGACGGCGACUCGGGCCAGAACGCCUGGCUGUCGUACCAGCUGCUCAAGGCCACGGAGCCCGGGCUGUUCGGCGUGUGGGCGCACAACGGCGAGGUGCGCACGGCCCGGCUGCUGAGCGAGCGCGACGCGGCCAGGCACAGACUGCUGGUGCUGGUCAAGGACAAUGGCGAGCCGCCGCUGUCGGCCACCGUCACGCUGCACGUGCUGCUGGUGGACGGCUUCUCCCAGCCCUACCUGCCGCUGCCGGAAGCGGCGCCGGAGCGGGCACAGGCCGACUCGCUCACCGUCUACUUGGUCAUCGCGCUGGCCUCGGUCACCUCGCUCUUCCUGUUCUCGGUGCUCCUGUUGGUGGCGGUGCGGCUGUGCAGGAGGCGCAGGGCGGCCUCGGAGGGCCGCUGCUCGGUGCCUGGGGGCCGCUUUCCGGGCCACCUGGUGGACGUCAGCGGUACCGGGAUCCUGUCUCAGAAUUAUCAGUGUGAAGUUUACCUGGCAGAAAGCUCUGAAAGGAACGAGUUCAAGUUUCUUCAAUCGGUACUCCCCAACUUUUUGGGUGAAGCGAAUGCUGGGGACACCGAAGAAAAUCCCAACUCUAGAAAUCAGUUUGGGUUCAAUUAG